AUGAUGGACAGUAGGAUGCUCGAGCACCCGCGCGCGCAGUAUGGGAUGGCCGGUGUCGGUUUUCCGUACCACCUCAGCCACCAUCACCGCCAUGUCUACGACAUCGCCGGACACCAGAUGCAGACUGUUGCUCCCUUUUCCAUAGACGGAUUAUUAAACGGCUCCUGCUCGGCCUCCGUAGUCAGCUCGAGCAGUCUGCUCACGACCGGUUGUGCCGUUAAUGCGGACAAUCAAGCUUACAAACUCACCGACUCUGCAGAUCUGGAUAAAGAAAGUCCCGGCUGUAAACGGAGACGAACGCGGACAAACUUCACCGGCUGGCAGCUUGAAGAGCUCGAGAAAGCGUUUAACGAGAGCCAUUAUCCGGACGUGUUCAUGCGCGAGGCGCUCGCGCUGCGCCUGGACCUGGUGGAGUCACGUGUGCAGGUCUGGUUUCAGAACCGGAGAGCCAAGUGGAGAAAGAAGGAGAACACGAAGAAAGGUCCUGGUAGACCAGCACACAACUCCCACCCGACCACAUGCAGCGGAGAGCCCAUGGACCCAGAAGAGAUUGCACGGCGUGAGCUACAGCGGCUCGAGAAGAAGAAGCGCAAACAAGAGCGAAAACUUCUCAAAUCCCAGAACAAGUUCUUGUCCUCUGAGUUGCUGCACACUCCUGGCUCAGACAGUGACAUGUCUCAGAGCACAGACAACGAAUCUGCACAAUGCAGCGUCCCCACGUCCAGCACACAUGCACGUCAACCCGACCACGACGCCGACGCCGACCCCGACAUGCACAACCGGAACAUGGCCCUGUGUCCCAGCGCUGACUUCACACGUCCUUCGUCCUUACAGAAGCUCAACCCUUUCAGCGUGGAGAGCUUGCUCGCUGACUCCAGUCCGAAACGGAAGCUGGCGUCAUUUUCGUCCGAUUUUUCUCAAUCACCUGUCGUCGGUAAAGGUCACUUCCUGUUGUAUCCCAUCACGCAGCCUUUGGGUUUUAUUGUUCCCCAGAAAAACACUGACUCCUCACACACGCUGACUGCAAACACACUCUGCACCGAGGCUAAACGACCAAAAAAUGAGCAGCUUUCACCUGGAGCACAUCACGUACACACACACACCACACACACCACACACUGCGAGCAGGAAGAAAAGUCGGACGCGGAAAGAAGUGAGGAAGUGAAAGCGUAA